AUGUCUAAUUUGGUAGGUGGCAAUAUCCAAAAUAGCACGGGAAACAAUGAUCCAAUUGAAGAUGCCAAUGUUCUAGGGAUCGAUGAGCCUUUAAAGCUUAAAACUAAAAAGAAGAUUUCUAAAAUCGAUAAUGAAAGAGUAUUAGUUAAUGCUCGUGGCUUACCGUACUUGAUUAAAAACCACCAUAGGUUGAUUCGCAAUAUUGAAAAAAGGGACAGAAAAUUUUUUAGGGAGCAACAGAAACAGCAACUAGAUCCAGGCCAUCAAGUUAGUCGUAAGACGUUUCGGCAGCUCAAGUACGAUCAUGAGUGUAACAAUUUAGAGUCGGUUUUACAAUUUUACCAAUUAUGGUGUCAUGGGAUGUUUCCAAAAGCAAACUUUAAAGACUGUGCCUACAUGGUAAGAACAUUGGGUCAUAAAUCAUCCCAGUUGAGAAUAUAUAGGCGUGAAUUGAUUGAGAAGGAAAUUUUCAAAUUAAAAGUUGCACGAGGAAUCAUUGAUGAGAAUAAGGCCAAUGAUGUAGCAUCUGAUAUUGACGAGGAUGCAAUAAUAUUCGCAACAAGGCAAAGCAACGAUAAUGACGACAACGAUGACAAUGACGACAACGACAACAACAAUGUUCGAUCUUUAGAGGAAGACGACAAUUGGAGUUUCAUGGACACGGGGAAAAGUGUCGCAAAUGUCGCAAAUGUUGUAGAUAAGAAUGGUAACGAUGUCGCAAAUGUUGCAGAUAAGAAUGGUGACGAUGUCGCAGGUAAUAAUGGAGACGAUGGUACAAUCAGAGAAACGAGGUAUUUCAAUAAAGGUGCAAAAAGCUCGUGCUUAGAGUCAGACGAAUUUCCCAGCGAAGAUGAAGCCCUUUUCGUUGGAAGCCAAGCAGAAUCAAUGGUAAAUGUAUCAAAUGCAAAUAAAAGGAGAAACCAGAUUGUAGAAACAGAGGAGCUUGAAAAUGAAGAAGAGAAUGAUCUUGCAAUGGAAUUAAUGCGACAGCACGAUCCUUGA